CAUUAUACAUACACUUGUAAUUAAGCAUGGUGUUCAUUGUAUGGGUUACCUGUUUCUUCUUCUAUGCAGCUCACUUUGUUGCAGCAUUUCAAUCUUCAGCACUACAACUAGAAGCAAACGCUCUGCUGGCGACAGGGUGGUGGGGAAGAAAUGACUCAAGUCGUUGCGAGUGGCCUGGUAUUACUUGCAAUGUUACUGGAAGCGUCACAAAGAUUGUCAUGAGCUCAAGUUUCUAUUUGGGAGGUGAGAUGUCAAAACUCAACCUCUCUUGCUUUCCAAAUUUAGUCCGCCUUGAUCUUCGAAAUACUAGUCUUCAGGGGAGUAUCCCAGUCGAGAUAGGUACCCUAUCUAAACUCACAUACCUUGAUUUGUCAUAUAAUACUCUAACAGGUCCAAUUCCUUCCACUUUGGGUAAUUUAACUAAUUUGGAAGUUUUGUCACUUGAUUCCAAUCAAAUCACUGGUCCAAUCCCUCCCACUUUUGGUAAUUUAACUAAUUUGGAAUUUUUGUCACUUGGUUCCAAUCAAAUCAAUGGUUCCAUUCCCCCAGAACUAGGAAACCUUCAUUCAUUGAAAAAUUUAGUCCACCUUGGCCUACGAAAUAAUAGUCUUCAGGGGAGUAUCCCGGUCGAGAUAGGUACUCUAUCUAAACUCACAUACCUUGAUCUCUCAUAUAAUACUUUGAUAGGUCCAAUCCCUUCCACUUUGGGUAAUUUAACUAAUUUGAAAGUUUUGUCACUUGAUUCCAAUCAAAUCACUGGUCCAAUCCCUUCCACUUUGGGUAAUUUAACUAAUUUGGAAUUUUUGUUUCUUGCUUCCAAUCAAAUCAAUGGUCCAAUCCCUUCCACUUUGGGUAAUUUAACUAAUUUGGGAGAAUUGAAUCUUGAUUCCAAUCAAAUCGAUGGUCCAAUCCCUUCCACUUUGGGUAGUUUAACUAAUUUAGAAUUUUUGUCACUUGGUUCCAAUCAAUUCAAUGGUUCCAUUUCCCCAGAACUAGGAAACCUUCAUUCAUUGAAAAAUUUAGUCCACCUUGGUCUUCGAAAUAAUAGUCUUCACGGUAGUAUCCCAGUCAAGAUAGGUACUCUAUCUAAACUCACAUUCCUUGAUCUGUCAUAUAAUACUCUAACAGGUCCAAUCCCUUCCACUUUGGGUGAUUUAACUAAUUUGGAAGUUUUGUCACUUGAUUUCAAUCAAAUCACUGGUCCAAUCCCUUCCACUUUGGGUAAUUUAACUAAUUUGGAAUUUUUGUUUCUUGUUUCCAAUCAAAUCAAUGGUCCAAUCCCUUCCACUUUGGGUAAAUUAACUAAUUUGAGAGGUUUGAAUUUUGAUUCCAAUCAAAUCAAUGGUCCAAUCCCUUCCACUUUGGGUAAUUUAACUAAUUUGGAAUUUUUGUCACUUGGUUCCAAUCAAAUCAAUGGUUCCAUUCCCCCAGAACUAGGAAACCUUCAUUCAUUCAAAAAUUUAGUCCACCUUGGUCUUCGAAAUAAUAGUCUUCAGGGGAAUAUCCCAGUCGAGAUAGGUACUCUAUCUAAACUCACAUUCCUUGAUCUGUCAUAUAAUACUCUGACAGGUCCAAUCCCUUCCACUUUGGGUAAUUUAAUUAAUUUGGAAGUUUUGUCACUUGGUUCCAAUCCAAUCACUGGUCCAAUCCCUUCCACUUUGGGUAAUUUAACUAAUUUGAGACGUUUGUUUUUUCAUUCCAAUCAAAUCACUGGUUCAAUCCCUUCUACUUUGGGUAAUUUAACUAAUUUGAGUAUUUUGCAUUUUGGUUCCAAUCAAAUCAUUGGUCCAAUCCCUUCCACUUUGGGUAAUUUAACUAACUUGGGAUUUUUGUAUCUUGUUUCCAAUCAAAUCAAUGGUUCAAUCCCUUCCACUUUGGGUAAUUUAAUCAAUUUGGAAUGUUUGUCUGUUGGUUCCAAUCAAAUCAAUGGUCCAAUCCCUUCCACUUUGGGUAAUUUAACUAAUUUGAAACGUUUGUCUGUUGAUUCCAAUCAAAUCAAUGGUCCAAUCCCUUCCACUUUGGGUAAUUUAACUAAUUUGGAGCGUUUGUCUCUUGAUUCCAAUCAAAUCAAUGGUCCAAUCCCUUCCACUUUGGGUAAUUUAAUUAAAUUGAAAUAUUUGUCUCUUUGUUCCAAUCAAAUCAAUGGUCCAAUCCCUUCCACUUUGGGUAGUUUAACUGAUUUGGAAUAUUUGUCUCUUUUUUCCAAUCAAAUCACUGGUUCCAUUCCCGCAGAACUAGGAAACCUUCAUUCAUUGAAAAAUCUGAACCUUAGUCAUAACUUUAUUAGUGGAGAAGCACCUGUUCAACUUGGGUUUAUUGGCAAUUUACAGAGCUUGGAUAUCAGCAGCAAUAAUCUUACCGGCAAUAUUCCCAAUAGUUACAUUCAUAUUCAAACAGUCAACUUGUCGUACAAUUCUUUGACAAGUCCAAUUCCAAUUCCUCCUUGCCUUCCAACUCGUAACAAAUCAAUUGUAACCAAAGCAAAAAUUUGUGUUCCCAUCGCCAUUUCCCUUGGAUUCUUAGUUCUUGGGGGUUUUCUCCUAUGUCAACGCAUGGUCAAGAAAACCCAAUUUGAGUCAAGAAAAGAAACAAAGCAUGGGAACUUGCUCUCGAUAUGGAAUUAUGAUGGACAUAUUGCAUAUGAAGACAUCGUUGAAGCAACCGAAGACUUUGAUAUAAAAUAUUGUAUUGGAAUUGGUAGUUAUGGCAGUGUUUACAAAGCAAAAUUACCAUGCGGAAAAGUGAUUGCCUUGAAGAAACUUCAUCGAUUGGAGGCUGAGAACCCAACUUUUGAUAUGAGUUUCAGAAACGAGGUAAAAGUGUUAACAGAGAUCCGUCAUCGAAACAUUAUAAAACUUCAUGGGUUCUGUUUACACAAUCGAUGCAUGUUUCUGGUUUAUGAGUACAUGGAAAGAGGAAGCCUAUUUUGUGUCCUAAAUAAUGAUGUUGAAGCGAUAGAAUUGGAUUGGAGCAAGAGAUUAAACAUCAUCAAAGGCACUGCCCACGCUUUAUCUUACAUGCAUCAUGAAUGCAUUCCAGCAAUUGUUCAUCGAGAUAUAACAAGCAACAAUAUUUUAUUGAACAAUAAACUAGAGGCUUUUGUCUCUGACUUUGGCACAGCUAAGCUCCUUGAUCCUGAUUCCUCUAACCAAACGUUAGUUGUCGGCACUUACGGUUACAUUGCCCCAGAGUUGGCCUAUACCAUGAAAGUUACUGAAAAAUGCGAUGUUUAUAGCUUUGGAGUUGUGGCACUGGAAAUAAUAAUGGGAAGACAUCCAACGGAACUCUUGACUUCAUUAUCAUCAUCGUCUUCUCAAAACAUGAUGUUACAUGAAAUAUUAGACCAACGUUUGCCACCUCCCAAUCAUUUGGUUCAACAAGAUAUUUUCCUUGUCGCUACAAUAGCAUUUGCAUGCCUCCACGAAAAACCAAAGUCUCGGCCUACAAUAAAAUGCGUGUCUCAAGAAUUUCUUUCUCGGAAGAAGCCAAUAACCAAGUCUUUACAAGCAAUUUCGUUAUGGCAGCUAAGGAAUCAAGAAAUGUAUAUGGAUUGAUCAAGGGAAGAUACUCAAUUAUGAAGUAUUUGUUUCUAGGCCGAGUAUCAUGCGAGUUGUAAAACUUACAUAUUUAUAAUAAAUGUUGUGUAUGACAAAUUGUAAUGCCAUGAAUUAUGUUAUUUUCUAGAUUUUACCCA